CAAAUAAAAUCCAGCGAAGAAGAAGUAGGAGCUCGUUGAUUGGUUAUUGCUAGGGGACAGCUUAACAGCAAGCGCGACCGCUACAUCUUCAAUUUACAGCCCAAAAAAAGGCUUUUUCAACGUUACUUCUACCUUUACACGGCCGCAGCUAGACAUAUUUACAUGUUUUGUGGCAGCUAAUCCAGCGGACACAACGCCAACUGUGUGCUAGGAUAGAUAAUGUAGUUCAACUGUUCGUUUCUCAGGUGGGACAGACGAGUCUGGGAAGACCAGCUGCUCACUCAUUGAUUCGUUGUAUCAAGAACUUCAAAGUGGCCAAAAUGGACGAACAAAGUGUUGAGUCCUCUCUCUCCUGUCCCGUGCAGAGCAUCGCGGAGGUGUUUCGCUGCUUCAUCUGCAUGGAGAAGCUGAGGGACGCUCGCCUCUGUCCACACUGCUCCAAGCUGUGCUGCUUCAGCUGCAUUCGACGGUGGCUGACGGAGCAGAGAGCCCAGUGUCCACACUGUCGGGCUCCGCUCCAGCUGAGGGAGCUGGUGAACUGUCGCUGGGCAGAGGAGGUGACCCAGCAGCUGGACACCCUGCAGCUGUGCAGCCUCACCAAGCACGAGGACAACGACAAGGACAAAUGUGAUAACCACCAUGAGAAGCUGAGUGUUUUCUGUUGGACCUGUAAGAAAUGCAUCUGUCACCAGUGUGCUCUGUGGGGAGGCAUGCAUGGCGGCCACACCUUCAAGCCUUUGGUGGAGAUCUACGAGCAGCAUGUGACCAAAGUGAAGGACGAGGUCGCCAAACUCCGCCGCCGCCUCAUGGAGCUCAUCAGUCUGGUGCAGGAAGUGGAGAGGAACGUGGAGGCUGUCAGGGGAGCGAAGGACGAGAGGGUCAGAGAGAUCCGAAACGCCGUGGAGAUGAUGAUCGCCCGUCUGGACAACCAGCUGAAGAACAAACUCAUCACCCUCAUGGGCCAGAAGACGUCCUUGACCCAGGAGACGGAGCUGCUGGAGUCUCUGCUGCAGGAGGUGGAGCAUCAGCUUCACUCGUGCAGUAAGAGUGAGCUGAUCUCAAAGAGCCCGGAGAUCCUGCUCAUGUUCCAGCAGGUCCACAGGAAGCCCAUGCAGUCCUUCGUCACCACGCCCGUCCCUCCAGACUUCACCAGUGAGCUGGUUCCUGCCUACGACUCCAGCACUUUUGUUCUGGUCAACUUCAGCACGUUGAGGCAGCGAGCCGACCCGGUCUACAGUCCUCCGCUGCAGAUCUCUGGGCUCUGCUGGAGGCUUAAAGUCUACCCCGAUGGUAACGGUGUGGUCCGUGGAAACUACCUCUCUGUGUUCCUGGAACUGUCGGCUGGACUCCCUGAAACAUCAAAAUGCAAAUGUAAAAAUGACAUCGGCGUGCAAGCACAAAAAGGUCUCGUCGGUUAUGGUCACGACGAGAUGAAUGAAUGCAGAUAUGAGUACCGUGUGGAGAUGGUGCAUCAGGCCUCCAGUGACCCCACCAAGAACAUCAUUCGAGAGUUUGCCUCUGACUUUGAGGUCGGUGAAUGCUGGGGCUACAACCGCUUCUUCAGACUGGACCUUCUGGCCAGCGAGGGAUACCUGAACAUGCAGACGGACACGCUGGUCCUCCGAUACCAGGUCCGCUCUCCAACUUUCUUCCAGAAGUGCAGAGAUCAGUACUGGUACAUCAGCCAGCUGGAGUCUGCUCAGAGCGGAUACAUCCAGCAGACCAACAACCUCAAAGAGAGGUUGGCCAUUGAGCUGUUUCGGCGUCAGACGUCCCGUAGCUCCUCUCCCCCCGAAAUGAGGCUCGCCUCAGGCCCCACCACCUCUGAGAGAGACCUUCGCUCCGUGAAGAGCGACGACGACAUCCAGACCACUUUGACCAACGCUAAAAAAGUUGAAGAAGAAGAGAGAACUCAGCACGAUGACUCUAAUGAGCUGUCAGACGGGGACCUGGAGGUGGACUGUCUGACGGAGGAGGAGGUGAACCCGCUGGACGGCAGCAGCACCUCGGGCAGCUCCACGGCAACCAGCAACACCGAGGAGAACGACAUCGACGAGGAAACCAUGUCUGGAGAGAAUGAUGUCGACUUCAUUGGGAAUCUGGAGACAGAAGAAGGAGAGCUUCCUGAUGACUUGGCUGGAGCAACAGGUGGCUCCAGCUCCGGUGUGCGCUCCUCACAUCGUGGUGCGGCUGCCAGUCGCGGUGCAGUGGUUGCCGGGGGGUCGGGCAGUAACAGCCUGCUGGAGAUCGACCCGGUCAUCCUGAUCCAGCUGCUGGACCUGAAGGAGCGCAGCAGCGUUGAGGCUCUGUGGGGCCUCCAGCCCCGACCGCCUGUCUCUCUGCUGCACAGCCAAGCUCAUUCUCACUCCAGGAAGGAUCGAGAGCGGCGUCCUCAGGCGGUGCGGCGCUCGGCUCCAGACUCGGGGGUCCUGAUCCGCCUGAAGGCUCAGAUGGCCGAGGUCCGCAGCAAAAUGUCUGACGUGAAGAGUCAGGUGCUGGAGGCUCGGGGGGCCGCAGAGCCCAGGCCGGGCGGAGGAGGUGUGGAGGAGGGCCCCUCGCAGCACUCUGACUCAGAGCUGACCGCCUGUCGUAAGCCCGGAGAGUCGGACCUGCUUGGGAGGGCCGCGAGGGCCAGGUCGGGACGUCCCGUCAGGAAGUCCCUGUCUCCUGUCCUGGAGAGCAGCAGCUCUCUGGUGAUGAAGAGGAGGAGUCCGGAGGAGAUGGAGAAGGAGCUGAGAGGCGCUGACGUCGCUUCAGAGCUCAGCCUGCACCCUAAAGAGGGGCCGGGAGGAGCAGAGGGAGUGCUGAUGGCUGAGGGCUCCCAGGGGCCCCUCGUGUCCCUCUGCUCCUGCUCAGAGCAGCAGUACUCCGUGGUAGACCAGCUGUACGGGUCCUCGGGGGCCAUGGACGAGAUCUUCUCCUUGGGAGUGCCCGGCUACAUGACCACCAGCAAGACCUCCGGCAGCAGGACCCUCGGGGCAGCCAUGUUGGAUUGUGAAUCUGAAAGCUCAGGAAUCUCCCACCACUGCCUGCUGGAGGGACCCUCUGCACAGCCUCAGUCAAAUGAAGAUAAGUCUCCGUGUGUCUUGGUGGCCGCAGCGAGCACCGACAGCGACUCUGAAGACGAGGCUCUGCAGAGCAACAACUCUCGCUACGACAACCAUACCCCUCCCUGCACAGGGGAGCAGCUUCUGUGUGAGGACAUGAGUCUUCCUGCUGACAGGUGAUUCCCUCUGAAGCGUCUUCACCCUCACUGCCGGAGAUCACACACUCUCUUCUGUCACACACAUCUGUAGAAGUAGGAACUGCUUGUUGUGCAUGAUUGGAAAAUGAUUGCAACGAUUCAGCUGCUUGGUACCCUAAAUAAGAAAUAAUGGCGGCCUGUGGUUGAGGUGGUGCUAACAGUCCAGGUGACCACAUAACAGCCAUGUUUUAAAGGGAUGGUUUGGAUGUUUUGAAGGGGGGCUACUCACAUCCAGUGUAUUACUGCAGUGUGUUCUGGUUUGUGACAGGAGUAUGUGCACGGAGGUAAAGCACUGCUGUGCACUGGGGGCUGAAGCAAAAUGUACUUUAACUGAUUAAUUUCCAUAGCUCAACGUUGCUGACAGAUCCCCUUCCUGACAAAGACCCAAAGGGUUAUGUAUGAUCUUUUCAAAGCCACCAGACUCCCAGACGAUCGAGCUAGGGAUCUACUUCUGCCUCGUUGGUUAGCUUGUUUGUGGUUUUUGUUGUGAGUUUGGUUUUAUAAUGGGUUAAUUCAGAUUCACUGAAGUCAUCAUCAACCUCCGCUUUCUGAAAGGUGACAUUAGUUUUUCUUCAAUGCAGUCUGGUGGCUUUUAAAGAGAGCAUGCCAUACGUCCUCUGUGUUUCUUCAGACUGGGGAGCAGCCAUUCACCGUCUACUCUUCAAAACAUCCAAACAUCCUUUUAAUAGUGUGUGAAUACUAACUAACAUUUCAUAUCUAUUUCUUAACCUCUCCUUGCAUUACUUUGAAUCAAUAGAUAUGCCUACUUCCAUUUCUUCAUGGUCAGUUCAGUAAAUACUUAGCAGGAAACAUUCAUUUGGGCAACGACUGAAUCUUUAAAACCUGUUUUAUUUAGCAGAGAUGAACACCUACAGGGCAUUUAGUCACUUUAAUUCACUAAAAUCAGCCCACCUCAGUGCAUAAAGGCGUUUGUCAUUCAGGUCUACAGUAUAUUUGCAAUAUUCUGAGGAGAGAGUAUCAUCUGUAGCCUGUCAAUAAGAGCUUAGUGUUUUAUAACGGUUUGCUUUCCACAGUCUGCACAUCCGCUCCACCUCCUCCACCAUGGUGUCUCUGCACUUCUCAGCAUCGCUGCCAGAGACACUUUAACCCCCCCCCCCCCCGAGGUACACUUUGUUUGGAGCUCUUUUCUGGUAAUUUAUGUAAAUGUGUUCUGCGUUAAUAACAGCAGUCUGUCUUACGUGACAUUUGAAAAGGUUAAAUGAUCACUGAAUCACAGAUUAUGAAACUACAGAUGUCCGCGGGCUGCAAACUGUUAAACAUGCAGCACAUCUGAGUUAGUAACAACGUGCCAGCAGGUGUUUGAGCUUCUGCUCGGACGUCACUGACCUGCAACCUGAGCUCCGGGACGACGCUUAAUACACUGAAAAUGCAGCCAUUUUUGUAUUCAUUUAAAGGAACGUAUGACUUAAGUUUUGGAGAAUGCUUGUUCCCUUCAUGCUGAGAGUAGCACACAUAGAUCAAUACCACUUAUGUUUGUACAGUACAUAAAUAAGCUGUCUCUGGUUAGCUUAGCUUAGCCUUAAGACUCUCUUUGAGAUGCUCUGGAGUUUAGUCGCUGACGUCACGGCAGCUUCAUUGCUGUCAUAGCAGGAAAAGCACAGAUGUGACAUUUAACAUUAACAAGAGCUGUGUUUUAUUAAAGUGUCUCAGCGAGCCAACAUGAACAAAACCAGGACCCUUAAACAUGAAGCAGCUAUUAUUCACUGGUGCUUUCCUUACUUCCUAAUGUCCACAUGUCUCCUGUGGAAAAGACUGCAAACGUUUUCUGAUGAAAGGGUUGAUUCACCCAAGAUGUCUGCCUCCGCACGAAAUGUUUGACCCUUUAUUGACCCAAAAAAUAGCAAAUUACUUUAUUGGUUGACAUUUUCAUACAUCUCGUUAUUAUAGAAAAGUAAGACGGUGUUUACAUUGGGGAAACUGGAUUUUUUUUAAACUGCAUAUUUGCUUUAAGAAAUGAUUGGUUUAUCAAGAUUGUUACAGCUUUACUGAAUAGUCAUCGCAUCUGUUUGUGAAGAUCUGAAAAGUUACAUUAAAGCAAUUCCUAGGCAGCUUCGCCUCUCCAGAUGAAUGUCCCUGUUACUGUGUUUCUCCCAAUGAAAACUGGACAAUGUUCUGUUGGUCAUUCGGAGUAACAGCGACAUUUCCUCCAGAAAAAUAUGUUUCUGAUUUCAAAAUCGUCGGCACCACAAAUGAAAUUCCUUUCCGCUUCAUUGUGUGGGUGAAGAAGCAGAGAUUCAGAGUGAAAACACUUUCAACUCAAGCUGCGGCGCAUCCAAGGCUUUUUCAAUUUUAAGAGCAGUUGACAGCAAAGGUUAAACAAAUCAUUGUAAUUAUGUAACGUGUGCUCGGCGCUGAACUGAUGGCUCGCUGCUUCACUGGCUUCUCCUCGUGGAUUUAUUAUUUUUCACCUCAAUACUCCCAACAAACACGUCAAAGGCUGCUGCACUGGAGAAAACACACACACACACACACACACACACACACACACACACACACACACACACACACACACACACACACACUGAGCCACAUCUUAAUUUGAAGGUCUAUUCAUCUUUGGUUCAAAAGUAAUGACAUUAAUAGUCAUUAGUUUACUUUGUAGAUAUCUUACAGUACAUGCAGAUGCAAAGCUUGCUGUACUCGUGCCUGAACGCGCAUGGCUUUUUCUGCAGCGUGGAAGUUUGUGUCGAGUCAAACUGAAAUCAUUCCCCAGAGAGAAUAAGUGUUAAUAUCUUCAUCUCCUCUCCUCUUCAUCAUGUCCUUUUUAUUACGGUUUCUUUACAUGAUGGAGGCUCUCACUGUUUAUUAACAAUUUCCCCUUCCUGUGUCAAAAGCUGCUUUCUUUUGUUUGAAUGUUCCCAGAAUGCACUGUGCAUUAUUUAAUGUGUACAUUUCCUUAUUGUGUAGUAAAUAAAAUGUUUUACGAACCCCGGAAA